AGACGAGGACAGAGCAGAGUCUCCAGGACCCAGCGGUCUGUCUGUGAAGAGUAAGAAGUAACGAUGGGAUCCUCACAGACAAAAGGUCAGAACCAGAGACAGAGAGCAGAGUCUCCAGGACCCAGCGGUCUGUCUGUGAAGAGUGACUGGUCUAUGGACCAACCUUUACACUUCAGUCAUGAACCUGGAGCCUCAGAGACAAAAGACAAGUUUGCUGUUUCUGUGGACAAGCAGACGUCCCGCUGUCCUCUGUGUCAGGACGUCUUGAAGGAUCCAGUCUUCACCAGCUGCGGUCACUGGUCCUGCAGACGCUGCAUCUCCUCAUACCGGGACCAGUCUGGUCCACCAGGAGACUCCUGCUGUCCCCAGUGUGGACAGAGACCCAGACCAGGACCAGAUCUACUUCUGCAGAAGGUUCUAGAUGAACAUAAAAUCAGUCUGAGGAGCAGAUUUGAACAUGUGACUGAAGGAACUGAAGGAACAGGAAGUAGAACCCUCCUGAACAGGAUCUUCACUGAGCUCUACAUCACAGAGGGACAGAGUGAAGAGGUCAAUACUCAACAUGAGGUGAUGCAGCUGGAGACGACCUCCAAGAAGAAGAUGGUCCACGACACUCCCAGCAAGUGCUGCGACAUCUUUAAAGCCCUACCUGACCAGCAGGGGAGCAUCAGAGUCGUCCUGACCAAUGGCGUCGCUGGUGUUGGAAAAACCUUCUCGGUGCAGAAGUUCACUCUGGACUGGGCCGAGGGUUUGGAAAACCAGGAUGUGAAUCUGCUGAUUGUGCUCUCGUUCAGGGAGCUGAACCUGAUUAGAGAUCAGCAGCACAGUCUUCUCUCGCUGCUCCAUGUUUUCUAUCCAACAUUAGAGAAGGUCAGAGCAGAGGAGCUCGCUGUCUGUAAACCUUUGUUCAUCUUUGACGGCCUGGAUGAAAGCAGACUCUCACUGGACUUCAGCAGCAGGACGCUGGUUUCUGACGUCACACACAGGUCAUCAGUCAACAUGCUGCUGACCAACCUCAUCCAGGGGAAUCUGCUUCCCUCGGCUCUCAUCUGGAUAACUUCUCGACCUGCGGCAGCCAAUCAGAUCCCUCCUACUUGUGUUGACAGGGUAACAGAAGUACGAGGCUUCACUGACGACCAGAAGGACGAGUACUUCAGGAAGAGAUCCAGAACUGAAGAUCUGUCCAGCAGACUCAUCUCACACAUCAAGACAUCCAGGAGCCUCCACAUCAUGUGUCAAGUCCCAGUCUUCUGCUGGAUCAGUGCUACCGUUCUGGAGCACAUGUUGACCACAGAGCAGAGAGGAGAGCUGCCCAAGACCCUGACAGACCUGUACUCAAACUUCCUGCUGGUUCAGACCAAGAGGAAGAAGAACAAGUACGAUAAAGGACGUGAGACGAGUCCACAGGAGCUGACGGAGGCCGACAGGGACUUUCUUCUGAAGCUGGGGAGGCUGGCCUUUGAACAUCUGCAGAAAGGAGACAUCAUGUUCUACCAAGAAGACCUGGAGCGGUGUGGUCUAAGUGUGACAGAGGCCUCGGUGUACUCAGGAGUUUGUACAGAGAUCUUCAGAAGAGAGAGCGUGAUCUUCCAGAAAUCAGUCUACUGCUUUGUUCAUCUGAGCGUUCAGGAGUUUCUGGCUGCAGUCUACAUGUUCCACUGUUUCACCAACAGGAAGACAGAGGUACUGCAGGACUUCUUCAGACAAGAAGAUAAAGACUGGAACACAAAGGUACUGCAGGACUUCUUCAGACAAGAAGAUAAAGACAGGAAGACAGAGAGUGACUUAUCUCUGGAUGUGUUCCUGAAAGCAGCCAUGGAGAAAUCCCUUCAAAGUGAAAAUGGUCACCUGGACCUGUUUGUUCGCUUCCUUCAUGGACUCUGUCUGGAGUCCAACCACAGACUCUUAGGAGGUCUGCUGGGUCAGACUCAGAACAGUCCAGAAAUCAUCCUGAGGGUCAUUGAGAACCUGAAGAAGAUGAACACAGAGAACAUCUCACCUGACAGAAGCAUCAACAUCUUGCACUGUCUGACAGAGAUGAAAGACCAAUCAGUGCAUCAGGAGAUCAAAGAGUCUAUGAAGUCAAAGAAUAGAGGACAGGAACUCUCUGAGAUCCACUGCUCAGCUCUGGCCUACAUGCUGCUGAUGUCUGAGGAGGUUCUGGAUGAGUUGGACCUGAGCAAGUACAGAACAUCAGACCAGGGGAAACAGAGACUGAUUCCAGCUGUGAGGAACUGCAGGAAGGCUCGGUUUAGGGGCUGCAGUUUGACAGAGAUCAGCUGUUCUCCUCUGGUCUCAGCUCUGAAGUCCAACCCCUCACACCUGAGAGACCUGGACCUGAGUAAGAACAAGCUGAAGGAUUCAGGAGUGAAGCUGCUGUGUUCUGGACUGGAGAGUCCACAUUGUAGACUGGAGACUCUGUGGUUGAGUGACUGCAGUUUGACAGAGAUCAGCUGUUCUUCUCUGGUCUCAGCUCUGAAGUCCAACCCCUCACACCUGAGAAAACUGUACCUGAGUGAGAACAAGCUGCAGGAUUCAGGAGUGAAGCUGCUGUGUUCUGGACUGGAGAGUCCACAUUGUAGACUGGAGACUCUGGAGUUGAGGGACUGCAGUUUGACAGAGAUCAGCUGUUCUUCUCUGGUCUCAGCUCUGAAGUCCAACUCCUCACACCUGAGAGACCUGAACCUGAGUCGGAACAAGCUGCAGGAUUCAGGAGUGAAGCUGCUGUGUUCUGUACUGGAGAGUCCACAUUGUAGACUGGAGACUCUGAAGUUGAGGGGCUGCAGUUUGACAGAGAUCAGCUGUUCUUCUCUGGCCUCAGCUCUGAAGUCCACCCCCUCACACCUGAGAGACCUGGACCUGAGUCUGAACAAGCUGCAGGAUUCAGCAGUGAAGCCUCUGUGUGAUCUUCAGAAGAGUCCAGACUACAGACUGAAGACUCUGUUGUGAGUAGAGUGUUGUUCUAAUCACAGUCAGACAAACAUCAGUGUUUCCUCAGUGAAGCUGUGACAGCACAAU